GACAAAAGGAAAACACCAGCAACUUGAUAUUUUCUAUCAUGGCAAAGAAGAAAGGAAAUAAUCCGGCGAAGACAGAAGAGGAAGAGGAGGAAAAAGAAGUUGUCGAGCCAACCGAUGAAGAGUUGCGAAAUCACAUCCGUCGAUUGAUUCCGCUGGUGAAUCUACAGAACACCGGUGUCAAGGCUUUCACGAAAUUACUCUCAAAAGAAUGCGGUGGCGCCGACCUCAAGAGCAGGGGAAAGUUCAUCAAAAAGGCCCUUUCGGAAGCUAUAAACGAGAUGGAUAACUCUUCAUCUGAAGAAGAAGAUGAACCGAAGAAGAAGCCCCCCCGAAAGACGGGACUCUCCGUCAAGAAAGAAAUAUCCCUAGAGCUCGCUAACUUUUUAGGAGUGGAAAAAGACCAGCUCAUGGCCAGAACAGAAGUUGUAAAGGGCAUGUGGGAUUAUAUCAAGAAGAAUGAACUGCAAAAUCCUGAUAACAAAAAGGAGAUAUUUUUGGAUAAGAAGAUGCAGAAGGUGUUUGGUUGUAAAUCCUUUACAAUGUUUACCAUGAACAAGUACCUGGGCGCGCACAUUCAUCCUUUCAAACCAGUUGAUCUCACCACUAGCGCCAAAAAGAAACCUGCUGUUGGCUCCCGGAAAAGGAAAAAGAAAGGCGACAGCGAUGAUGUGGGUGGAAAAAAAAAACGCAAGCCUAAAAAGCCGGGUCUUCAGCCUCCCUACCGGCUCUCGAACGAACUCGCCGAAAUUGUUGGGACCCAAAUCUUGCCUCGGCCCCAGGUUGUCAAGGCGAUCUGGGCUCACAUCAAAAAACACGAUUUGCAAAACUCAGAAGACAAGCGCGAAAUUCUGUGCGACGAAAAGCUCAAGGCAGUCAUGGGUGGAGAAGACAGAGUCACUAUGUUCAGCAUGAACCGGUACAUUACAGACCAUUUGCUGGAAAAACUCGAUCGGUCUGAAUAUAACCAUGAUGAAAUCGAAGCAGAAUUGGCAGCACGGGAAGAAGGUUCUGAUGAAGAAAGCGAAUGAACGAGUACAUGCCCGACUAUGACGUUGAUGACCAAUCAUAUGAUCUUUUUGUCUUUGUCAGCGAAUGAGUCGUCAAACGCAACGUUUGUGUGCAAGCGCAGAGGGGAGCGCUCUCAUAAUUGUUUUGCACUUUCUGCAAAUUAAACAUGUUUUAUGUAC